CCGCGGGCCGGGCCGGGCCGGUCGCCGCCGCCGCCAUCGCCGCCAUGGCCUGGGGCGCCUCGCUCGCCGAGUGCCUGCGCGAGUGGGAGGAGCUGCAGGACGGCUACCAGCGCAUCCAGGACAACCACAGGCUGUACAAGCAGAAACUCGAGGAGCUGACCAAGCUGCAGGAUGGGAUCUCCAGCUCCAUCACCCGGCAGAAGAAGCGGCUGAAGGAGCUGUCCCUGUCCCUCAAAAAAUGCAAAGCCCAGGCGACUCCCGAGCAGGAAGCAUCCAUCCAAGAGACCCAGAGCCUGAUUAAAGAGAGGCAGAACGUGUUCUUUGAGAUGGAGGCCUAUCUGCCAAAGAAGAACGGGUUGUACCUGAGUCUGGUGCUCGGCAAUGUGAACGUGACCCUGCUCAGCAAACAGGCCAAGUUUGCAUAUAAAGAUGAGUACGAGAAGUUCAAGCUCUACCUCACCAUCAUCCUACUCAUUGUCUCCUUCUCCUGUCGGUUCCUCCUCAACUCCAGGGUGACAGACGCCGUCUUCAACUUCCUCCUGGUGUGGUACUACUGCACCCUCACCAUCCGCGAGAGCAUCCUCAUCAACAACGGCUCCAAGAUCAAAGGCUGGUGGGUUUUCCAUCACUACAUCUCCACCUUCCUCUCAGGUGUCAUGCUGACGUGGCCAGAUGGGCUCAUGUACCAGAUGUUCAGGAACCAGUUUCUGUCCUUCUCCAUGUACCAGAGCUUUGUGCAGUUCCUGCAGUAUUACUACCAGAGCGGGUGCUUGUACCGGCUGCGAGCGCUGGGGGAGAGGCACAACAUGGACCUGACUGUGGAGGGCUUCCAGUCCUGGAUGUGGAGAGGCCUCACGUUCCUGCUUCCCUUCCUCUUCUUUGGGCAGUUCUGGCAGCUCUACAACGCCAUCACCCUGUUCCGCAUGCUGCAGCACCCCGAGUGCAAGGAGUGGCAGGUCCUCAUGUGUGGCCUCCCCUUCUCCAUCCUCUUCCUGGGCAACUUCUUCACCACCCUCCGUGUCGUCCACCAGAAGAUCCAGAACAAGAACCAGGACACGAAGGAGAAUUGAAGUGGGGCCCUGUGGGGGCCUGGACUGUUUCUCCAUCCCCUGUCCCCAUCUCCUCGAUUCCGUCCGGACUCUGGGGUCUCAUCCCAUCCCUUGGAGGCCUGGCUGUGGGACAGAGCUUGGGGCCUGCUCCUAGCCAGUCCCUGUGCUCAGCCUGGGGCUGGAUCCCUGCUGGAGUCACUCACCUGCAGCCAGGAGCACCCUGCACCUCCUGUCCUGGCUGCCCUCCCCAUGCAGACAGCAGGAUGCCUGGGACAGCCACUCCCCUCCCUGGCACUGGGAUGUCCUCUGGGUGCUGCUGCUCCCCACAGGGGCAGGGCAGUGCCCAGGGACUGCCUCCCACAGCUCCUGGGGUGCUGGAGGCUCCCCCUUUCCCCCAGCCCUGCAC